AUAUGAUUUCGUCAUUCUCUUGAUAUCCCCACCGGUCUUUUAUCUUAGUCGCUCUUUUUUUGGAUUCUUGCUUGCUUGUUCUGAUUUUUUCUUUCUUUCUUUUUUUUUUUUUUUUUUUUUUUUUUUUCGCACUGCAAUGCGGCGCAUUUCCGCGCUUCUGCUGCUGCUGUCCGGGUGGGCCGCAUCGUGCGUCGAGGGCGGCAGCAGUGGCGCCGUGUGGGCGACGCCUCACGACAGCUACUCGUCCUCGGUGGGGGUGCUCGGGUGCAAGGUGGACACGAACCGCGUGGCGUACUGGCCGGGGUCCGUGGACUGCGACGACGUGUGCGUGUCCCUGAGCUACGAGGGGCGCACGGUGAAGCUGCUGCGCGUGGACCGCUCCCAGGGCGCCCACGACAUCAGCUACGACGCCUGGAACUACCUGUACACGGGCUACUCGGCGACCGAGAAGCCUGCCGCCGGCGGGCCCGUCGCCAUGAACUUCGCCAGCGUGGACCCCGAGGAGUGCGCGGACCUGCUCCACACCGACGGCCGCAAGCUCCCCCUUAGCGCCGCCAACAGCAUGAACUUCCUCGCCAGCUGCCUCGCGCGCCCGGACAGCUGGGUUGCGAAGAACUACGUCCUCUAUAACAUUCUCGACUCCACGUGCUCCUGGGGCCACGACGAGACCUGCACGCUCGACUGGCCGGCGGCCAAUCAGGCGAGCUGCCCGAGCGUGCUUGGGGAUCCCGCCGCGUUGACGUCUGCGCCCGUUUACAAUAUCAGAUAUCCGUCGGGCCAGACUGUUGUGGCUUCAUCAGGGCAAGUUGUCGAUCCUCAAAAUAAUAGCGGCGGUAGUGGUGGCGGCGGCGGUGAUAGUGACAGCAGUAGUGACCGGUGCAUUAGGGUGUCACCCAAUUUGUUUAUAUUAACUUUGGCGGCAGCCGCUUCGAACUGGUUGGUUUAUGCAGGUGUUGUUCACUUCUAGGAGGCAUGUGAACUUCGGCGUGGAAUGUUUUUGUUCGUCAUGAUGCCGGCUUGAUGCUGCGGCUACUGCUGCUGCUGCAUGCAUGCAGGUUGGGGGUCAUAGCUCCUUAAGUACCUAAGGCACACUGAUCGACAAAGGGGGUGGCAGCCUUUACGAUCCGGUGGGAGUUUGGUCCUAUACGCAGGCAUGAUUACGAAGAGAUACCCCGAUGUUUUGUUGACGAUUAUUUACCGAAAUUUUUAUCAAAUACCUAUAUUAUUAUAUGUCGUCUCUCUUUCUCAAGUGCCGACUAAGGAUAGGUACAUCCCUCAUUUCAAUUUGAUUGGUUGAGCUAUUUUCUACUAUUCCUGCAAUAGUCUGUCUGUAUAUCCUGUAUGUCCUGAUCUUUUUAGGAGUUUUGGUUUGUUGAUAUAAGCGAAGUAUGUACCUGUGUCUAUACGGUGUGCCAUUGAGGACAUUAGUAUCUAGGAC